AUGACGACCCCUUCGGCCGCGUACCCCUUCUCGCCUUCGCCUUCCUCUCCCGAGAUCUAUUCGGAUGCCCAAUCGUCGCCCGAUCCCUCGGGUCGCCCGAACGAGGAGCGUCGGCGGAGCAAGCGAGAAUCAACCGCGAGUGCGACGCGACAACGAGAGGAGGCCGCGACACGCUACCCGUCGCCCCCGCCGGGCCAUGGCGGGUCUGCUGCUACCCGACGGCCGGUCUCGAUUGAUGCGAGUCUCGUCAUUCCGCCUUUCAAUCCUAAUAACCGGCGGCAGCCCGGUAAUAGUCCCUCGCCUUCACCGACGGUCCCGUCGUCGGAUACCACCUUGUCUUCCUCCCGGCGCAACUCGCAAGUGCAAGAAUUGCUUCCUCCCCCCCAGCCUUCGCACCGCCAAUACCAUGGACAACGUCCCAUGUCCGUUGCCGCUCCCGUUUCCUCCCCAAGUGCACCUUUCAUCGGCGGUGGUGCGAACUCGUCUGGCACGUCGGGCGGGGCCGCGCCACCAUCCGCGAGUGCGCAACGUGUUCGCCAAUCGGUCGGCUACCUGCCAACCUCGACGACCAACACCGCCGCUUCCCUCGGCCCUUAUCCACAACUGUACACCCCCCACCCAAUGCCAAGACAGAAGAUCUUUUUUGGGCCUUACAUCCUCCUCCAGACGCUUGGCGAGGGCGAGUUCGGUAAAGUCAAGCUUGGCGUGCAUUCUGAGCGAUGGGGUGAGGACGUCGCGAUCAAGUUGAUCAAAAGGGGGAACGUCGAUACGGCGCAGCGUGGUGAGAAAGUCAGGAGGGAGAUCGAGGUGCUCAAGGUGGGUCAUCGCUUUUUUGAGGGGGGGCGAAGGCCAAGUGAAGUUGACUGACAAACCGAUUUCUUUUCUCUUCUUGUUAUCCGCUUCAGGCUGUGCGACAUCCCAACAUUGUGCGCUUGUACGACGUCAUCGAAACGGACAAGUACAUUGGUAUUGUUCUCGAAUACGCAUCAGGUGGAGAAUUGUUCGACCACAUCCUCGCGCAUCGAUACCUCAAAGAACGUGACGCGUCGCGAUUGUUCGCACAACUCAUCUCCGGUGUUGGUUACUUGCACGCGAAGGGGAUCGUUCAUCGGGAUCUCAAGCUCGAGAACUUGCUUCUCGAUCGAAAUCGCAACGUUCAGAUCACCGAUUUCGGCUUUGCAAAUCGCUUCGAGGAUGCGGGUCGAGAUCUGAUGGCAACGUCGUGCGGAUCACCUUGCUAUGCUGCGCCGGAACUCGUCGUGCAGGAAGGGAAAUACGUCGGUACGGCUGUGGACGUUUGGUCGUGCGGUGUGAUUCUGUACGCCAUGCUCGCUGGCUACUUGCCAUACGAUGACGAUCCGACCAACCCCGAGGGCGACAACAUCAACUUGCUCUACAAGUACAUCAUCAACACGCCCUUGACGUUCCCCGAGUGGAUUACGGCCGAGCCGCGCGAGUUGUUGUUGUUGAUGCUUGUGCCCGACCCGAUCAAGCGAUGCACGAUCGAAGACGUGAUGCGGCAUUCGUGGUUGCGCAAGUUCGCAGCACACUUCGAACGGACUGUCGCCGAAUUGGAGAAGCAGGCGCAAGAGCAGGAGUUGUGGAAGCGACAGGCGCUCGAGGCGCAGCGACAGUUCCUUGUCCAGCAGUACGCUCAGCAACAGGCGCAACAGCAGCAGCAACAAUCGGCGCAGCAGCAAACGAGUGGGUUGGGGAUCAUGGCGACUGGCAUGACGAGGAGUCAUACUUCAACGGGACCACCUUCGAGUGGGACUCGGUACAAGACGGCGAUGGCUCAAUCGGCGUCGCAGCAGACGGGCCUCGACAUGCAUGCCUUCCCCACGACUUCGGUUCAAGAGGAGGAAACACCCCCGAGCGCUCCCGUGCCCAUUCGAGAAAACCGAACUUCGAUCGUGCUACCUGGUGCGGUCGGUCGUCGAGCAGGCAACAACUCGUUCGGCGCCUCCUCGCCGCCGACAACACAAACGCAGCGCAUCACCGUUGAUGCCGACCACUUCACCUUCGAACCUCGAAUUGGAGCCAAGGGGUCGAAGUCCGGCUCGAGCGCGAGUGGGCCUGCACCGGCUUCGGUAGCGAUGACACCUUCGUUCUCGGCUCCUCCGGACCCACCUUCGAUCCCUACCCAAGACGAUCUUAUGGUCGUCGACAUGCCUCGACCGUCGACCUCUAGGCAACCUUCAACUUCAAGUCGCGCCAGUCGGCGAUCUUCAACGACAGGAGGGGCUACGCCGAGCACCGCUUCGACUCCGCGGGUCCCGUCCGCCGGUGCAGUUACGAGCCCGAGUGCGGUGGAAGCGGCUUCGCAACGACGCAAGGCAUCGCAUCGCGCUACAGUCCAGGUUGAAUACGAUUCGGAAGCGGCUGCCCGGAACGCGACGAAGCGAGUUGAACCAUCGGUUCCGGCGACGCCGGCUGAAGAUGUGGAUAUGGUAUCUGCGCCAGAGGCCAAGACGGCGGAACGUGAGUGUUGCUGUCGCCUGAAUUUUUUCCGGAGUUUUCUGACGAUAACGUCUUCUACAUGCCCUCUCAGUUCCCCCCACCCCCUCGGCUCCCCUGGUUGAAGAGCCCAAAGAGGCCACUCGGCCCACGACACCGCCACUUGUUCCUCUGCCCACACCAUCUGCGACACCCUCGACGCCUACGAAGAAUGCGCCUUUGCGUGUCAGCACGCCCAAGAAGCGAAAAAGCUCUGCCGAUGCUGCAGAAGUCGAUCAACUCAAGUCACUACCGUCCGUCCCUGCACUCGCGGCAAACAAACCCGACACACUUUCUGCGGUCCCCUCGACUCCGACACGCUCGAACUCUGAUGCCGAUACGACGCCUCGGGCCAAAAAGACAUCGGCGCCGACACCUCUCACCGAGUUUGCCGAGACGAAUCGUUCGAGAUCCGGUAGUGGCCGUUUCUCCUUGCGCGGCCUUCUGCCCGGUUCGACACCCGGAUCACCCGUGCCGUCUCCUCGCAAAUCCACGACCUCUGAGCGAUCGGAGUCCUCGAACGCGGUCAGCGAAGCGGCCAACUCUGAAAGACGCAAGAGUCGGCGACAGAAGGCGAUGAGUCUGCAGCCCUUCAAGAGCAGUUCGAGCAAGGCGUCCAAGGCACCGAGCAGUUCGACUACGAUCAGCGAAAACACAAGUCGACCUGCAAUUACCACUCCGAAGCCAGCUGCGACAUCGUCGUCGACGAGAAGAGGUUCGAUGGGCCCACCACCGGUCCCUGCUUCGUCGAAUACGAGUCGUCCCUCCACUCGCUCGUCCGCCGCCGCUCCGGCUACACCGAGCGGUCGUUCUCGCGACCUCGAAGCGGCGUGGGCCUCCUCUAAUACUCCGGGCUCCUCCGCUCCCGGAAGUAAAGCUAAGUCCGUCAUGGAUUGGUUCCGUCGUCGUUCGACUCGUGCACCCGGACCUUCCGAUGCUGGAUCGUCCAACUCUGUUUCGACAACUUCAAAUGGCGCGCAGGAUGGCGAAGCGAAGUCAACUUCGUCUCGUCGCGCACGACCGAUGUCGAUGAUGCCUUCCCUGCCGAGUCGCGCGAGCAGUCAGACGACGUCGAUGACCAGUCCUUCCGUGACGCCGCUCGCGACACCUACGAUCGAACCGCCCCCCGCUGUCGUGCUCACGCCUUCGACUGCUCCGCCGAAGCAACAAAGCUCGCCGCAAUCGUCGAGAUCGGUUUCCGGUGGCGCACAAAGCCUCGUGAGCAGCACGACGACUUCGACCAAGGCGACGACGGUGUCCUCCAACACGACGACGAUGGCCGUUGCCAAGCCUGCUCCCGCCGUCGUGGAACCCCAGUUCGUGCCAGGUCGUCUCAGGGUGCACCAGGGAGCCUUGGACAAGCACGCUUUGACGUACCGUUCCCCUCCCGAGGUCAUGGUCGACAUCCGCAACGCUUUGUGGAAGAUGGGUGUCGAGAUGGUCAUGGAGACCGAUUUCAGAGUCAAGUGCGUUCGCAAGAGUCGCAAAAAGGCGCAGCAGCUCCAACUCGCCGGUCUGGGCUUCGAACCUCCUGCCGCAUCCAGCACCGACGGCGAUCCUCGCGAGUUGUUGAACUCGAGCAUGUCGAGUCGCAUGUCGGCCUCACCUUCGAUGUCAUCGAACCUCGCGCAAAGCCCCUCGAUGACGUUCCGUGGGUUCUUUGCUCGCAAGAACUCGGGUACGACCAUCGCCGCCGCCUCGAGCGCGCUCAGUUCCCCUGACCCGCUACUCUCACCCGCCAUGACCCCGUCCUUGUCAUCAGGUCCAAUCGGUGGUAUGCUCGGUACACAAUCCCAACAGCCGGCACCUAUCUACGGGGAAGGCUCGAGCGAUUCAGGCGACGAGGUCCGUUUCCACGUCGAGAUCACGCGCGUCAAACACCUCGAACGAUUGUAUUGCGUCGAUUUGAAGCGCGUCAAGGGUUCUCCGUGGUCGUAUAAGCACGUUUAUGAUCAAUUGCUCGGUGCGCUGGAGUUGGGGCCUUCGUGA